AUUGGUAAUUUAUAUAUGAUAAUAUAUAACCCAACAUUUUCUCCCAUUCAGUUUCUUCAAUUCCUCCCAAUUUUCCCUCGACCAUUCGUUGUUAAUUUCCCUUUUUCUUUUCUCUUCUUCAAUUCUCUCAGCAAUCAGGAUUCAACUGUUUUCUACAAUAUGGCAUCUGCAAAUGGGAUAGGAAGUAUUCAAGGAAAACAGCCUUUAUUUUCUUUCGGUGUUAUCUCCGAUGUUCAAUAUGCCGAUAUUCCUGAUGGUCGCUCUUUCCUCGGCACUCCUCGUUAUUAUCGACAUAGUAUUCUUGUGCUGAAAAGGGCAGUUCAAAGCUGGAAUAACCACCAAAAACUUAAAUUUGUCCUAAAUUUCGGAGAUAUUGUUGAUGGAUUUUGCCCCAAGGACCAAUCUAUCAGCUCUAUUAAGAAAGUAGUUGGUGAAUUUGAUAACUUUAAUGGUCUGGUAUAUCAUAUGAUUGGAAACCACUGCCUCUACAAUCUUCCUCGCAAAGAAUUACUUCCAUUAUUGAAGAUUCCAAAUCAUGAUGAAGGUCAUGCUUAUUACGACUUCUCACCUACUCCGAAUUUCAGAUUCGUCGUACUUGAUGGCUACGACAUAAGUGCUAUUGGUUGGCCUCGGGACCAUCCAAAAUCAGUGGAGGCCCUUAAAAUCUUAUCUCAGAGAAACCCAAAUGCAGAUAAGAAUAGCCCAUCAGGACUGGUUGGCUUAGAAAGAAGAUACCUUAUGUUCAAUGGAGGAGUUGGUAAAGAACAAUUGAAAUGGUUAGAUGAUAUACUUAAGGAAGCAACACAUUUGAAACAAAAAGUGAUUGUUUGUUGUCAUCUGCCCCUUCAUCCUGGGGCAACAUCUUUUGCAGCACUUUUAUGGAACUACGAUGAAGUAAUGGACCUGAUACACAAAUACAAUUGUGUCAAAGUUUGCUUGGCUGGACAUGAUCAUAAAGGUGGAUAUGCAAUUGAUUCCCAUGGAAUACAUCAUCGGGUUCUUGAAGCCGCCCUCGAGUGCCCCCCUGGCACCGAUGCAUUUGGAUAUGUCGAUGUGUACAAUGAUGGUUUAUAUCUUACUGCUACAGACCGGAUGAGCAGCUCUAAAAUGCUUUUCGAUUCAAAUCAAACUUGUGACCAUGAGAAUGGCUGCGUUACAGACCCUUUAACUUCUACAUAGUAACUCAUUUCUGAUGUAUAUACUUCAUGAUCUUAUAGUAUAUAACAAUUCAAAAAAGGAAACUUUGAAAUUUUAAGUUA